AUGCCGCCCCUCUCCCUCUCCCUCCCCGCCAAACGCACCCGCCUCCGCUCCGACUACUUCUAUCACCGCACCUACCGCCUGCGCUGGUCCGACAACGACGUCUUCGCCCACGUCAACAAUCCCUACUACGGCGUCCUCGCAGACUCCAUCAUCAACGAGUACCUCAUUCGCGAAUGCGGCUACACCACCUUGCGACACCCACAAGCUGCCAUCAUUGCAAAUACAUACUUUGACUACUUCGGUAGUCUGUCGUAUCCGGAUGUAGUCGAGUGUGGGUUAAGGGUGGUGAAGUUGGGGAAGACAAGUGUGAUGUAUGAGGUGGGGGUGUUUAAGGAGGGGGAGGAAAGUGUGAAGGCGGUGGGUGGCAGUAGCCACAUUUGGGUGGAGCAGACUGGGCCGGGCGUGUUGGGGAGGCCGCUGAAGGAGGGAAUGCCGCUGGAGAUGAGAAGGGGGUAUGAGAAGGUAAUGGGAGAGGAGGCUAGGGAGGGAGCGGACAAGGCGAGGGGGGAGAUGGAGAGGGAGAAAGAGAAGCAGGGGAAGGCGAAGUUGUGA